AUGCUGGUGCUGGUGGUUCCGCCGUGGCCUGCAGCCCGGGAACUUCUCCGGAACUGCUGGCAGCGACUGCAGUGGACGCUUCAGCAGAGCCGGCCAGGCUUUCCCAGGCCUCCGUGGGAACCAGCAUUAGCAGUCCAAGGUCCGGCUAUAUUUACAGAAUCAGCAAAUGAUACUAAUGGAAGUAAGGAGGUUUCCAGCCUUUUGGAUAGUAUCUUUUGGAUGGCAGCACCCAAAAAGAGACGCAGUAUUGAAGUUAACCGGUGUAGGAGAAGAAACCCUUACAAGCUCAUUAAAGUUAAGCACAACAUAGUCGUUUGUCCUGAAUGUGGUCACCUGAAACAGAAACAUGUCCUUUGCGGCUAUUGCUAUGAGAAUGUGCGCAAGGAGACUAAAGAAAUCAGAAAAGAAAUGGGGAAACUAGAAGGGGGCCCUUUUAAGGCUCCUACCGUAGAGACCCUGGUGCUGUACAGGGGAGAGACGCCGUCUGAACAAGAUCAGGGCAAGAGGAUCAUUGAACGAGAAAAGAAGCGACCAUCCUGGUUCACCCAGAAUUGA